AUGUCGCUACACUCGCUCAUAAGCUCGCUCAGGCGCUCGCGCCUCUCAUCACAACCGUCUACGCCCUCGGCACAUCUCCAGGCCAACACUGACAAGCUCCAAUGGCGCCUCCUCGACGUGUUUCUGAACAUGUGGGAUUUGGGCUUCACGGCGUUUGGGGGGCCCCCUGUGCAUUUCCAGAUUCUGCAUCGUCGCUUUGUCGAAGGAAAGGGUGGAGCCAAGUGGUUGGAUGAACAGGCUUACCAAGAACUCUUUGCAAUAUGUCAAGCCCUGCCUGGUCCAGCCUCGACCAAAAUGUGCUUCUGCAUCGCUCUUCUCCACGCCGGCGCCGUCGCCGCCAUCUUCGCUUUCCUCCUGUGGAGUCUUCCUGGCGCAAUCGGCAUGUAUGCGCUCUCUCUAGGCGUGCAGAAUAUGCCUGAGCGUCUUCCUCCGAUUGUAUACGCCCUGCUCUCCGGUCUCAACGCUAGUACCGUUGGCAUCGUAGCGCUGGCUGCCGUCCAACUAGCUGAAAAGGCCAUCAAAGACCGGCUCACAAGAAUCCUCGUCAUCUUCGGCGCAUGUGCAGGGUUAUGCUACAACGCGCUGUGGUAUUUCCCUGCGCUCAUCGUCUGCGGCGGCGUGGUCAGUGUGCUCUGGGAUAUCUGGCUGAUGAGGUGGGUAGGCAAGAUGAAAGCGCGAUACCAGAAUCGACGCCGCCGGCCGAGGAACGAGCAAGGCGAUGCUGAACAGGAAAUUCAACAUGCGGAUAUCCAGAACACGGCGCCGGUGGAGCUCACUCGGCCACAGGCUGUAAAGAGGAGGCCGCAGACGGGAAGCUCAGCUGUGGAUCAUACAUCGUCUUCACGCGAACAUCUCACGGAACAUGAGUCUCCAGAGCAAAACCCAAGACACGCAACCGAAGAAGCUGCUGUUGCCGAUCUCAAAACACACAAUAUAUCCACCAAACUCGGUCUCACCCUCAUCCUCGGCUUCACAGCCUCCUUCAUCGUCAUCAUGGUCCUGCGCGGCACUCUAUCCUCUCCCGCACGUCCCUUUGCCCUCUUCUCCAACAUGUACCUAGCCGGCACCAUAAUUUUCGGCGGCGGUCCCGUCGUCAUCCCGCUCCUCCGCUCGUACGUCGUUGAUCCGGGAUGGGUAGCCCCCCGCGACUUUCUGCUUGGCCUCGCCAUCAUCCAGGCGUUUCCGGGCCCCAACUUCAAUUUCGCAGUGUAUCUCGGUGCGCUAGCUGUUUCGUCGUCGCCUUCUGCAUCUACACCGACUAUCGUUGGCGCCCUCCUCGCUUUCAUCGGUAUCUUCUUCCCGGGCAUCGUCCUGGCGGUAGGCGUGCAAUCCUUCUGGCAGGCUCUCCGCACCAAACCAUACAUCUUGAGUCUGCUCAAGGGCAUCAAUGCGACCGCCGUCGGCAUGGUAUUUACCGCCGUGUACCGCCUCUGGGAAAUCGGGUACCUGACUCCCGAUAGCGGCAAUGGGAGAAGUCUGGCCGAAGAGCCGUGGUGGGUUGUUGUUGCGGCGCUGGCAUAUGCCGAGACGGCGUGGUUCGGGGUCCCACCGGCUGUGGCGAUUGUGUUUGGCGCUGUUCUGGGCAUGGGGUGGUAUGGGGCUGUGAAGAGCUAG